CUCAAAGCCAAGAUGCCCACCGACAUUCAAGCGCUCAAGGGCACGAUCGAGGCGUCGAUCGAAGAGCUCGUGCGCCUCGCCGACACCAAGAUCAACUGGACCAACGGCGCCGGCAAAGGCUACAUCUUCCUUCCCGGCGUCUACCAGUGGCACGCGGACAAGGCCGAGGCGUCGCCGCCCGUCGAUGCGCCGCCGACGGAAACGCUCGCGCCGGCUACCGAGGCGGUGUCCGAGCCACCGCCAGCUGCUGACGGAGAUGCAAACGUUGAGGCACCGGCCAGCAUUGUCCCUGACGCGCCCGCGCCCGCGUCCAUCGCUGUUUUGCGCGACCAGCCGGCUGCGACGCCCGAGGCAACCGCCGAGGCAUUGCCAAAGGAACCACCGUCGGCGCCGAUCGUGGACGAUGACAAGCGCUUGGACCGAGAGCUCGCGCAAGUCGCGGCCUUCCUCAUGAACGACGACGAUAUCGUCUCGAUGAGCUUUACGCUCACGCUGCACGGCGACAACACGUUCGAGUACCUCUGGAAGCAGAAGCGCGCGGGCGCGCGCCCCAUGGAGCACAAGGUCGAGCUCUACGGCGCGUGGUCGAAACCGGUCUUGAACCGCGACCGGUACGGCGAGCGCGAUUCGCGUCUCUUUCUCGAUACGCACCGCGCCAAGUUUGCCCGGCUCGCCAACUAUGAUGCGACGACAGGCGUGUGGCGACAGACGCUCCGGACGCUCACGCGCAACGGUGAGGACUAUGUCGUGUGCGGCCAGAACGACCGCGGGCUCCCGCCGAUCCGGCUCGUCUUCACCGUCCUCGACGGCAACGUCCUCGAGAGCAACGGGCUCGCAUUUCCACACGACAUUGUGUCCAACUCGAUCUCGAGCCGAAUUCUCUCGGGCUUGACCAAGAAAGCGGCCAACAAGCUCGGGACGCCGCUGGACGUAAUGACGGAUCGGUGGCUGCCCUGCCGCAAACUCUGCCUCAAGCAACUCCCACCCAACGGCAUUGUCAAGCCCUUCAACCCGCUCCUCGCGCUCGCCGAGAUUCUGCACAAGCGCGGCGAAGCUGCCAACCUCGACUCUGUGUUGUGUGUGCGCGAGCGCACGCCAAGCAUGACGGUAGUUUAAGGUGUUCUUAGCUCGUCGAUUAGUAGUCGGGCGUCGCGCACGAGUCGCGGCGCCACGGACGCUUCUUGAACACGACGUCUUCCAUGAAA